UUUCCCGGAACAUUUAUAAAAAGAGGAGCAAGGCUUCGAGCCGGGCAAAAGGGACUCAGGCGCCGGGCUGUGUGUGUUGGAUCUAAGCGGCUGCAACCAGGGUUUCCAUUUCAAUCUCCACUGGGCUACAUUCGGACCGCCUCCCGAGCAGAAAAAAGCCUUUCGCUGAGUUUGAGUUUCGCCUCGAUCAUCAUGCAGCGGUCUUUCGUCUUUUUCCUCGCUGCUUUGGGCUCCUGGGCAUUUGAAAAAGGAUUCGCAGAGGAAACCUUUGUAAGAAUUUGGCCAGAAAAUCCUGUGGUGGAAUUUGGAGGUUCGCUUCAGAUAAACUGCAGUGCCAGUACUAAAGCAGAUACAAUUGGCCUUGAAACCCGCUUCACAAGAGAACUCAUUGGAACUGGAUCCAAUUGGAAAGCCUUCCGUAUAACCAACAUCAAUGACUGGAACACUAAAUCAUUGUGCUAUGUUAAUGCUAACUCGACAAAAACUGCAGUAACAACCAUUACUGUUUACAAAUCUCCAGCGAGUAUUGAACUGGAUCCAGUAACAGAUAUGGAAGUCGGCAAGCCGUAUAAUUUGAUAUGCCGGGUUUUUGGUGUAGCCCCCAUCCGGAACCUCACCGUGACCUUGCUGAAAGGAGAAGAGCAACUUCGGAUAAAAACCUUUGAGGAUCACACUCGGCCUGAAGCUGAUGGUGUUAUGGUCAACCAUACCAUAAUAGCUCAGAAAGAUGACUACGAUAAGAUAAUCACCUGCCAAACAUCCCUGGAUCUGAGACCAAGAGGACCACUCCUGAAAAACACCUCCCAGGGCAAAUCAUUAUGGACUUUUGAUUUUGCAAAGACUCCCCUGCUCCACGCUGGCCUGUUCUUAGAAGCUGGGACCCCGAUGAAAGUGACGUGUGAUGCACCUGAGGUUUCCCCAGCCAGAGAGGCCAGGUUUCAUCUGUGGUUUGCAGGGGAAUAUCUGACCUUCAACACCACUGUGAUGGGGGACUUGGCAAGUGCCCAGGCUGUGAUAGCCUCUUCCUCAGUUGGAGAGCAUGAGUUGCUCUGCAUGGUCUCUCUAGGGCCAGUGACCAAAAAUGUGACAAAGAUGGUGAAUGUGUUUGCUUUACCAAAGCCCACCUUGCAAAUUGGCAGUUCAGAAGCUGUCGCCGGUCAAACAGUGAACAUUACAUGUAGCGCUGAUGGCAGUGCUUCCCCUGGUUUUAAAAUGCAGAUCAGGGAUGCUGCCAAAAUAUUAGCAUCCGGCAACGUAGCUUUCCUGCAGCAUACAGUGAUUGCUCAGCAAGAGGAUAAUGAGCAGGAAUUCAUCUGCCAAGUAACCCUCAGCGUUGAUGGACACACCAAGGAAAGAAGCGUGUCUCAGAAACUUACCGUCUUCUACGGACCCCAAAUGGAUGAUUCCAGCUGUCCCCAGACACGGAGUUGGAAGGAGGGAAGUACGACAACACUUACCUGCUCAGCCUUGGGAAACCCCACACCAACUGUUCAGUGCUGGAAAGAUGGGAGACCUUAUGACAUUGGGGAACCACAGCUAGUCCAGAGAGAGCAUGAUGGCAUAUAUCAGUGCAAUGCUACUAACCAGUAUGGUUUUGAUGUUAGAGAUGUGACCGUACACGUUGAAUCUCCGCAAUCCACUGGCCAUAUCAUUGGCUAUAUAGUUGCUGUGGUGGCGUUUAUUGCUCUUGUGGCUGGCAUAGCUUAUUGGAUAAGGUCUAAACAAAAGAAGAGGAAAUACCAAGUGAAAAAGAAGGAGCAACAGCCACCACAAACUGCUCAAAACUCAGCGGAGCAAAGAUUCCUGAACGGCAAAGCAAAUGUCUAAGGAGACCGGUGUUUACUACAAACUGAAGAACCACUUGUCCCAAUGCCAGCAGGAGCGUAGCUGUGUUCAGUGUUCAUCACUCUACUUAGCUGCAAAAAGAAGAGGAUGUUGAUUCCAUGCCGUCAAGUCGUUAUUUAUUUAUAUUUAUUUAUUUAAAACACACGUAGCUGGCUACCUUUCAACCAACUCCAAGGUGGCUCCCAAUCAAAGAUGAGGGACCACAUUGACAGAUUUUUCUCCAUGGUGUGAAAGAAGAGAUAUGGCAAACUGUUCUUCAGCUCCUGAGCAUCGGAUGGGCAACGGUCCAACUGGACUUUGGAAGAGUGAAUGAUGGUGACCUCUGUACUUUCAGGCAAUGGCGGUGCUUAUGCCUCCUGCUUUUUUUUUUUAAAACUGAAGAUCUCCUCUGCCAUCUAAGUGGUCGUUCAGACUUUCCCUUGAAAAGGCAAUCAAGACCAAAAGGGGAUCUUAAAUCUUAAAAGAGUUACCUCCAGGAGGAGACAUAUGGGGAAACCACUCAGAACCACUAGGAAGAGAGCGGUUCACACCAGCUUGGGCUUUUCUUGCAAUAAUGGACAACUCAGUUGUAGAGUUUGAAGCAUCUUCCGGAUUUCUCCUCUUGCCAUUAAAUUGAAAACAAUACCAUAAGUUGCAUAGUAAAAUUAUUUACUGCUUUGUGCUCUCUGAGCUUGGAUGUUUUCUUACAGACAUUUCAUGACCCAACUGAGUAACACCAUCAGUGCUAAAAGGCACUGGAGUUUGUUCUCUGUUUAUAGAUGGGUGGCCUGCCUGUCAUAAUGAUGGGAGUGUAAUCUUGGUAGUUCCUUAAUUAGGCUGUUCUUUACUGUUCGUUUGGGUUAGUAGUUCCUUUUUU